CCCUCUAUUAGUUCGUGGAUUUGACAAUCCGUAUUGACGUAUAUUUGUUUAUUAUUAUUGAUAGUGAGGCAGACUCGAAGAAUUUUGAUUAUUGCUAAUAUUACAUGCAAAAUAUGGUGUACUUACAUUUUCCGUUAAAUCUAACAGAGGAAGAAUUGAUGCUGCAAACUAAAUACAAUAAACUCAAGAGAAAGAAAAAAGCGCUGCAAGAUCUCAAAGCUCCCAAACAAGAAAUAGAACGUAUUCCUCAGGCACCAAAACGGCCUACUGAAGCAAGGGAUGCUCGUGAAGUAGCUAAAAAGUUAAUCAAAUCCGGUGUGAUUACAGCUCCGAAGACUCCUAAGAGACCGGAGCAAACUUUCAAGAGAUCUCGUGGAUUAGAAAGAAAACUAAAUAGUACAGAGAAAACAAUUAGUUCUUACCAACCAUUUUCAGCUACACAGGAAGAAGAAGAAACAGAGGCAGCAAGGCCGAGAGUAAAAGAUUUGUAUAACAGUUUUGUUGGCGCUCAAGAUACUGGAGAAAGAAAUGUCAGUGAUACGCAUACUCCAUCUAAACAGGAAGUUAAGCCACGCACAGGGAAUACGUGUACGACGAUAUUUGUAUGUGGUUAUAAAAUAACAGAGGAUUAUCUUAAGAAACAUUUCCAAAGUUUUGGAAAUAUUAUUAAUAUUUCGAUGGAAGUGGAGAAAAACCGUGGCUUUAUAACUUUCGAAAAACCUGAAGCAGCUAAUAGAGCGAUUAGCGAAAUGGAUGGCAGUAUGGUGUCUUCAAUCCAAUUAAAAGUAUCAUUAGCAAGAAGGCAACCUAUAAUAGAGCCCGUUGGUGAUGCUAUGUCCAGUUCUAUGUGGUCGCCAAUUGCAGCUAAUUAUUCACAGAAAAGUGCAUAUAAAGACAGACGAGAUCUUAAAGUAUAUGAAGAAGAUCUUUUCCAGUAAUUGUAAAUUAUAAAAUUCGCAAUAAAUUUAGGCAAAUAUUAUCAAUGUUUGUAGAAUAAUGAGUAAUA